AUGCCCAACCAGCAUAAACCAACACCCCCCUUAGAUGAACUCGCGCCUCAUAUACUACGCUAUUGGAAGACACGGCUCAACGACAAAGAAAUCAUCCAGGCCUUACAAAAACAUUUCAAUACAGAACGCUACGGUAUCGGACUCACAAAGUUUCAUCAAAUCCGUGUGGACAUGGGCCUUGAACGGUCUUGCCAGCAGGGUCACACUAUAGAAACAAUCCACGAAGCUGUGACGGAUCUUCGCAAGAUGUACCCUCAUGCCGGAACACGAGAGAUGAUCAGUCUGCUCUUUCACGAAAAGAGUAUGAGUGUAUCUAGAUCAGUCAUGAUGUCUUACUUUGCUGCCUAUGAACCAGAACUCCGCUUCUGGGCAGCUGGCGUUAACGAUCUCUUUGCCGUUGACCAGCACGACAAAUGGCUCAGAUUUGGGCUCGGUCUUCACACUGGAAUCGAGCUGUUUUCAGGGUGGAUAAUGUGGAUCCGAGUUUGGCAUUCUAACAGAAACCCACAGUUGAAGAAAAAUGUAAUGCCGGAAAUCACUUGGUCACCACUCCGGCGUAGGUUCACACCUGGCUUCGAGAAUUUGCUGGACGAAGGUGUCAUUGAGGGUUGGUACGACUCAGCGGAUACUCUCCAAAUGAUGAUUUUUCGUUGGGUUUUUAUACCCUGGCUGCAGCAGGAGCUUGAUGCUUAUAGAGACCGAGUGAACAAUUCCGCCAAGAGGCGUGACCGCAACAAGGUACUCCCACACGGUGUCCCAACUCUUAUCUACCAUUCUCCCGAAGAUUUCGGAGCAUUGGAUUUCAAGGUUUCUAUAGAUCACGAGGGCAUCGACUACGUUCGCAAUGUCUAUAUCGAUGCUUCCAACCCGGUAUUCGACCUUGUCCCACCUAUGCUUGGCAACUUUAUCGAGCAUUGUUAUGAUGCAAUGGGGCGCCCUGCAGUGACUCGGUCAUCAGUUUGGACUGUAUAUAGGAAUGUGCUGUCUGCUGUACAGCUUGCAGAGAACCCACAUCCCAACUUACUACUGACUCGGACGGAAAAUGAAGGUGCCGCCACCGGUGCAUUGACAUUGAUCAGUGGCCAUGCCGAUUUACCUUUCAAUGAGGAACCGGAUGACAUGUAUUACAUGGGUGGCGUGCGUGGAGGAUUGGGCCUAGGUGAUUCUCACGUCCACAACUUAAACGCUCUAGCUGAGCUGGAUGAACCUGAUGUUCCAUUGGAUGGCAGUUCUGCGGGUGUUGGACCCUUAAUUGUUUGGCAAUUUUCGAGUGAUGAGUCAGAGAAUGAUGGCGCAGUGGAUGAAUGGUGA